AUGAAGCUUUGCAAUGCCUUGGCAAUCCUUUCGACGUCCAUCACCGUGUCAGCACACUACACACUCCCGGACUUGAUUGUGAAUGGGACCACGAGUACGGACUGGCAAUACGUCCGCAUCACCGAGAAUCACUACAGUAACGGUCCCAUCACCGAUGUAACGGACGAGGAGUUUCGGUGCUAUGAGCUCGACAUGCAGAACACCCCGGAGCAGACGAGCACCGCGACUGUUGCCGCUGGUUCCACGGUCGGCUUCAAGGCAGAUAACACGAUGGGUACCGGCAAGACGUGGUUCAAGAUCUGGGAAUGGGCGCCAACGUACAGUCCUAGCACAGGGCUUACGUUCGACUCGGAGAACAUUCAGCAGUUCACGUUCACUAUUCCAAGAACCUGCCAAGCGGCCAAUAGCUGCUGCGGGGAGAGCAAAUCGCCGUGCACCGUGGUAGCUGAGACGUAUGGCGGCGCUCAGUUCUAUCUCGGAUGUGCUCAGCUGAAUGUUGUCAACGGCGGUUCGGGAAGCCCAAGCCCGUUGGUGUCCAUUCCGGGAGUAUACACUGGCUACGAGCCAGGUAUUCUGAUUAACAUCUACGAUUUGCCUAGCAACUUUACAGGCUACGUCUCCCCUGGCCCUGCUGUAUGGUCUGGGUAG